CAGCGUCUCCAACCGUCCUCCAACCGUCUCCAACCGUCUCCACUUUUUCUGAAGCUUUGACAAACUUUGUUGUUUUUUAAUUUGUUUUUUCUUGGAGCAAAAAAAAAAAAAAAAAAACUCAAGAGAACAAACAUGAGUCACGUCGACGUCAAAAACCUGGAGCCCACCAGCUUUGAAGCCAAAUACUACGACGAAUACGAAUAUUAUAACUUAACCGAUAAAUACGCAGGUGAGCCACGGAAAGGCAGGACAAAGAAGGAAGCCAGCGACAACAACAGACCAAACCCUGGAGGACACGAGCGCAAGAUUGUUGAAAAACUGCAAAACAGCGAGAAGAAAGCCAAGGCGUGAAGC